CGCUCUGCCACGCCGUAGUUGCGAGACAGGAAGCCGGAGACAGAAGCAGGGAAGAUGACGACGAGGUUCAAGAAGAACAGAAAGAAGAGAGGGCACGUGAGCGCUGGCCAUGGUCGAAUCGGGAAGCACAGGAAGCAUCCGGGCGGUCGAGGUAAUGCCGGAGGUAUGCACCACCAUCGAAUCCUAUUCGAUAAGUACCAUCCUGGUUAUUUCGGUAAGGUCGGUAUGCGAUACUUUCACAAGCUUCGCAACAAAUUCUACUGCCCCAUUGUCAACAUCGACAAGCUCUGGUCCUUAGUUCCCCAGGAAGUGAAGGAUAAGGCCUCCAAGGAUAACGCUCCCUUGAUCGAUGUCACUCAUUUUGGUUACUUCAAGGUGUUGGGCAAAGGGGUUUUGCCCGAGAACAAGCCCGUCGUCGUGAAGGCCAAGCUUGUGUCCAAGAUUGCUGAGAAGAAGAUCAAGGAAGCGGGUGGUGCUGUCGUGCUCACUGCUUAGGUUAAAAGGUCAUUGGAUUAUAACUUAGUUGAAAUUACGAUGAUUAUGGACUCUCUCAAUUUUGAAUUAUUGAGACCUUGGAUGUUUCAGUUAAUAUUUGAGGAUUUAAAGAUAUUUUUAUUAAUUAGUGCGAACUGGUUGCCGGCAGUUUAAACUUAUUUUCUUUAUAUUGAAUAUUUCUGGCUUAAGCUUGCAUUCAGCGAUUGACAUGAAAUGUUUGUCGAUUGCUCUCAAA